AUGUGCAGUGAGUGGAGACUCUUCGGCGCGUCGACUUUCAUCGCCCUGCUGCUCGCUACGAUGAGCACCCUACUGCUGAACAUGGAAAAUGGAGCAAAAAGGAAUGGCUUUCCCGAGUCGUCAUUUCCUAUCUGUACGAGAAUACUUUCCGAGGGGAGGCCCGAAUCGUAUAAUAAACCUACUAGAAGAACUAACCUAAACGAAAUUAAAAAAAGGGAAAACUCUUCUCCUGUUAGCACUGAACUCCCAGAUUUCAUCAACGAGACAGAUAUUGACAAAAGCUUAACUAAAGAAGAACUAGCUGAGGAGAUAAUUUCUUUUGGAGUUUUCCUAACUGAUACACAAGCUUACACAGCUCACUCCCAUCUUAUUAUCAUUUUAAAAAAAUCGUAUUAUCAUAUGAUGGAAAAAUUAUGGAAAAGCUUUAAGACAUCAGCUUCGGAGCAUGACUUGCCGGAUGAAGUGCAAAAAAAAUUGUGGACAGAAUGCGCCAUUUCACUCAAGAAAGAGUUAUAUCAACUAGAAGAAAAUAGCAAAGAAGAUAUUUCCUCCUUUUUGAAAAAGCCAAUAAUUUUUUUUAUACAAUUUGAGAACUUUUUAGGGGAAUGUAUUCAAAUGUGGCAUGACAGCAUCGAUCAAAAUAGGAAGAAAUGGGAACGCGUGUUGUCCCAAAGGGUUAAAAGUUAUUCUUGUUCGGGGUGA